UAGAUUCUCCUUAAGCCACGACUCGGAUAACACCACCCCGCCAGCGACCGGAGGAGAAACAAGGGAAGCUCUCUCUUUCUCUCUCUCGCUCUCUCUCUCUUCUCUCAGUGGAUGAACUAUGUUUUGGUACCAGGACGCGUUUAGCGGGGUUCAUUAAAAGAAUCCGAGCACCGGGGAGCCUUUUAGCGACUUAUCUAGUUGCGGGAAUACUUUGAGGGAAGUUUAAGCCUCUCGCACCCGCGGAGCGCCUGUGACGGAAUGUGAGAAAACCCCAUUUUGGCGCAUGUUCCUCUUUACUGUACACAGCCUUCUCCUGCUUUCUGCGCGACUGGAGAGUGAAGGAGGAGGAGGGACGGCUUUUAACGACUUGAUCCCCUGCCUAUGGACGACGGCAGUCCCCUUUCUCCAAAGGCAAAUGCUUUCAGUAUUGCCUCUCUGAUUUCGGCUGCAGAGCGAGCAGGAAACGCAGCGUUUGACAAACAGAGUACCGGCCUGGACAAGCCAGACCUGCACAACCACAGUUCCUUUAAAAUGCACUACAGCACUGUCACCCGGGAAAUGGAAGCCAUAUCCAGCCCGUGGCUGACGCAGCUGUCCCAUUUUUGCGAUGUUGCAGCCUUCACGACGAGCAGCCUGAGCAGCCUCAACACGCCGGGGGGCUACCAUCUCUCUCCAUCCCCAGGGGACCCUUACAGCCAACAUGAGUCCCACUUUGAGCCCUGCCCGGCGGCCCAACACAACUACAACUAUCCGGGAUCCAAUCCGGGCCAGGCCCAGCCGAACGACAACGGAACUCCUAACUGCUCAUCGUCGUCCUCUAACUCCACGCCGAACAGCAAAACUAUAGUAAAGAAAAACCCCAAAGUGGCCAACAUUAACGUCCAACUGGAGAUGAAAGCUCUAUGGGAUGAAUUUAACCAGCUAGGUACGGAGAUGAUCGUUACCAAGGCCGGCAGGAGAAUGUUUCCAACUUUCCAAGUGAAAAUAUUUGGGAUGGAUCCCAUGGCAGACUACAUGCUCCUGAUGGACUUCCUGCCAGUGGAUGACAAACGCUACAGGUAUGCUUUUCACAGCUCGUCAUGGCUGGUGGCGGGUAAAGCUGAUCCUGCCACACCAGGCAGGGUCCAUUACCAUCCAGACUCUCCAGCCAAGGGCGCACAGUGGAUGAAGCAGAUCGUCUCCUUCGAUAAACUUAAAUUAACUAACAACCUGCUGGACGACAACGGACAUAUCAUUCUGAACUCCAUGCACCGCUAUCAGCCCAGGUUUCAUGUGGUUUACGUGGACCCUCGCAAAGACAGCGAGAAGUAUGCAGAGGAAAACUACAAAACCUUCGUUUUUGAGGAAACACGCUUUACAGCAGUCACGGCGUACCAGAACCACCGGAUCACGCAGCUGAAGAUAGCCAGUAAUCCCUUUGCAAAGGGCUUCAGGGACUGUGAUCCAGAGGACUGGCCCAGGAAUCACAGGCCAGGCUCUCUGCCAAUAAUGAGUGCCUUUGCCAGAACAAGAAACCCAAUGUCAUCUCCCCCUCAGCAAAACGGCACAGAGAAAGACAGCAGACGGGAAUAUGAGCGAGACCCCAGUGGCACACCAAUACAUGCAGACCCAGCUCACCAGCUCAUGUCCCGUGUCCUCAGCCCCGCCCUGCCGGUCCCAGGUGGCCUUCACGCCGUCCCACUAACGAGUGGUCGACCCAGCCCUCCCCAUGACCUCCGACCAGAUCCCCACUCUCUACCUCCGGACACCCUGCAUCACCACCCCUACAAGUACCCCAACACUUAUGAACACUACUUAGGAGCCAAGACCAGGCCGUCGCCGUACCCUUUACCAAGUAUCAGAGGACACACAUACCAUCACCACAUGAAUCCCGCCACAACUAACAUGUAUUCAGCUGCCAGUGGCCCCUCUAACUAUGACUAUGGGCCCAGAUAAUGACUGCUGCCCACUGAGUCAAAUGGUGCGCAGCACUGCGGGAACCAUAACAGGCAGGAACAGCAAGACAGUUCUUUCUAUUGAUGGCUUAUGCAACCUGUGGGGAACAGUCACAGGCCGAAACUCCUCUCUACUGGAUAAACCCUGCCGUAUUUAUUUAAAGGAAAUGUGCCUUUGCAUUUAGCAUGGGCACCCUUUUCUAAGCCCUCAAAGAGGUCUGCUUUGACCUUUGAACUCAAAUGGCAAUGAGGCUGCCUCCUAAGAAAUGCAGACAUUGAGCCAGCAAGCAAGGGGGACCUCUCUUUAACACGGACAUGACUUUCAAUCACAGACUGGAAUUGAUUUUUUUUUUUUUUUUUUUUUUGGGAUGCACUUUUUUUGAUUUGCUUUGUUUUUAUUGCUUUCAAAAAAGCCAUAUGUUAUAUAGUCCCAUCAACUUUCUAGGUAGACGAGAUGUUUGCAUGUUGAGCUCAUCAGAUCAGAGACGAUGUUGAAACACAUUGAAAUGUUUUUGCUCGAGGAAAAAAAUAUUUUGAAAAAUUCUGAACAUCUUGAGCCGCUAUGAGAAGCUUGUACCAUGGCACUGACUUGCAGCAAUUCUGAGUAAAUAAAUGAAGCAGAAUGACUCUUCUGUAUCAGUAAAAUAAACAUUAAAUUCUUGUAAUUCAGAAAAAAGGGUCUCUGUGCAAAUAUUACAUUUAAACCCGACUUUGGGGGGAUGGGGGGGUAUACUUACCUCACUUUUAGUAUUGUUAGAGCUUGUCCGACUGAAGUAGGUUGAGGCGUCUGCUGCUCCUGCAGUCAUUGGCAAGCAGGACCUGGAAGCUGUCUAAACAUCAGAUAAUUAGGAUCAUUCAAAUGUUGAAAUCUGCACCUGGUGUUAAGAACAAAACAUACUCUUUGUGACAGAACAUCGGUAAAACUGUCAAGUACAAAAGUAGCUUUGGUCCUAUUGCAGAUUAAAGUUUAAGGUUUAUUUAUGAAGAAAACCAGGGGGACACUUUAAGAGGAUUUACUGCAAUAAA